GCACGGCGGAACUCUUCUUCCUUGCUGUGUUAGCCCUCCUUCCUGAAAUGAAUGGGACCCACAAGACUCACAGAAGGUGAAGUCAAGGGCUCUCAGACUCAUAAGGUUACUAGGACACCAGACUGGCACCCCAAAGGAGAACUUUACGGAGACUUACAACACAGCAACAAGUUAGAAGGGGAUAAAAAAACAAACAAACAAACAAAAAUCCUUUAACACUCACCAACCCCAAGCACGGAGCUGAGGGAAGCAUUCUGACCUGCACAGGCAGACUGGAGGCUGGAUGGAGAGCUGGCUGAGGAGGACAUCUGGAGAGUGAAGGUUAAGUACCAGCUGGGAUUUUUGUGCCCCCAGAUUCUUUUUGGCUUUUUAGAUAAUAAGCAUCAAAUUCUGUGUGUCUGUAUACUAGUUUUUCUAGCAGUUUAUUGGAAGGUGGAUGUAUUUGAGGUUAAAGACUACAAAGAGAAGGUAACUCCUAGGGAAGGAAGAAGGAGAGAGAAAAGAAAAUUAGAAGCUAAGAUUCUUUGGAAUGACUUCAGGUAGUGAGCGGUAUGUGUUUGUGAGUGAGUGUGUAUUUGACAGGCUUUGGCUUAUGCCCAUGUGUCCCUCUUCUAGUAUCAGCGAGGGGAGGGGCUAUUGAAGAAAGAAAAAGAGAGAAACCUGAGCUCUCUGGAAGAAAUUCAUAGGAACCCAGAGAAACGAACUUCAUUCUGCAAGGACUAAACUAGAGCGAGGAGAGAGAGGUCAAGGGAGAAGGGUGAGGGAAACACAUACGGUGGGUGAGGUACAGAGGCCACGCUGGCCCAGCACCCAGCGCAGGUAGCCAGAAGAGGUUCUCUUUUGGGGCUGCUUGAAAAAGUUUGGUCCGUGAACAAAACAGUUUGCCCGGUGACUGUGAAUCUACUGCCAGCUGUCUCUUUCUCUUCUCUCCAUCACCCUGGUGUGGUACCCAGAAGUUGACUUCUGGUUCUGUAUAAAGAGCCAGCGGAGGUAUGAUGUGCUUAAAGAUUCUGAGAAUAAGCCUGGUGAUUCUGGCUGGGUGGGCGCUCAGUACUGUCAGCUCUGAGCUGGGCUGGACACGCAAGAGAUCCUUGGCUCAAAGAGGACACCUGAAUCAGGUGCUGUUGGAAGGAGAACGCUGUUGGCUGGGGGCCAAGGUUAGAAGACCCAGAGCUGCCCCUCAGCAUCACCUCUUUGGGGUCUACCCCAGCAGACCUGGGAACUACCUGAGGCCCUACCCUGCGGGGGAUCAAGGAACGUACCAUGCAGGGCGCAGUAAGCCAGACGCCGAGGGAAUGGCUGUGAGAUCUGUUCCCCCAGACCUGACUGGAAGUGCAGGAGUGACAAGUGAGGCUGAGCGGCCAGCUGCCCUGUGGGUAGAGGAUGGUCCUAUUGGGCAGUCGGAGCUACUGGGAGAUGAUGACACUUAUCUUGGCAAUCAAGGAUCCAAGGAGCCUCUAGGUGAGGCUGGGACUCAAGAGCACGGAGCCUUGGCUGCCGCCAAGAUCACCACCUUCCCACGCCAGAAGGAACCCGGACCAGAGACCCAAAGGAAGGGCCGGACCAAGACUAGGCGGCGGCGCCAGGUGGCGAAGGGGCAGGCAGGAGGUGUGCAGGGAGACCCCAGUGUUGUUCCCCGGCACUUCCAACCUUGGUCUAAGCAUCCCCUUAUGCAUGGGGUCAGAACCAGCUCUUCGGAGGGCGGCAUCCAGAAUGGUGGAGGGGACCCCGACUGGGAAGCAGAGACCUUUAGCCCCCAAGGAGGAUUGCCUGUUUUGUACUUCUCUGGGAGGCGGGAGCAGCUGUUGCUGCGUCCAGAAGUGCUGGCUGACAUUCCCCGGGAGGCGUUCACAGUGGAAGCCUGGGUGAAACCGGAGGGAGGACAGAACAGCCCAGCCAUCAUUGCAGGUGUGUUUGAUAACUGCUCCCACACUAUCAGUGACAAGGGCUGGGCCCUGGGGAUCCGCUCAGGGAAGGAUGUGGGAAGGCGAGAUGCUCGCUUCUUCUUCUCUCUUCGCACUGACCGCGUGAAGAAAGCCACCAUUAUGAUGGGUCACGGUCGCUAUCAACCAGGCAAGUGGACGCACGUGGCAGCCACUUACGAUGGACGGCGCAUGGCCCUGUAUGUCGAUGGCACUCAGGUGGCUAGUAGUCCAGAUCAGUCCGGUCCCCUGAACAGUCCCUUCAUGGCAUCUUGUCGCUCUUUGUUCCUGGGUGGGGAUAGCUCCGAGGACGGGCACCAUUUCCGUGGACACCUGGGCACACUGGUCUUCUGGUCGACGGCCCUGCCACAAAGCCACCUCCAGCACAGUCCUCAGCAGCCAAGCGAGGUGGAGGAUUUGACCACCCUGCUACUGACAGCCAGUUUUGAGCCCCUGGAAGAACAGUGGGCCCCCUUUAGAGAUGGGAAGUACCCACGGCUUGAGGUUCUCCAGGGCUUUGAGCCGGAGCCUGAGAUUCUGUCACCUUUGCAGCCCCCGCUCUGUGGGCAAACAGCUUGUGACAACGUGGAACUGAUUUCCCAGUACAGCUGGCACUGGCCCCUUCGGGGAGAGAAGGUGAUCCGCUACCAGGUAGUAAACAUCUGCAACGACGAGGGCCUGAACCCCACCGUAAGUGAGGAGCAGAUCAGUCGGCAGCAUGAAGUGCUCAAUGAAGCCUUUAGCCGCUACAACAUCAGCUGGCAGCUGCACAUCCACCAGGUCCACAACUCCACCCUGCGCCGCCGUGUUGUGCUCGUGAACUGUGAGCCCAGCAAGAUUGGCAAUGACCACUGUGACCCUGAGUGUGAGCACCCACUCACAGGCUACGAUGGGGGCGACUGCCGCCUGCAGGGCCGGUGCUACUCCUGGAAUCGCAGGGAUGGGAUCUGCCACGUGGAGUGCAACAAUAUGCUGAACGACUUUGAUGAUGGUGACUGCUGUGACCCGGAGGGGGCUGACGUGCACAAGACCUGCUUCGACCCUGACUCACCUAGGAGGGCAUACAUGAGUGUGAAGGAGCUGAAAGAGGCACUGCAGCUCAACAGCACUCACUUCCUCAACGUCUACUUUGCCAGCUCAGUGCGGGAAGACCUUGCAGGUGCUGCCACCUGGCCUUGGGACAAGGAAGCCAUCAGUCACCUGGGUGGUGUUGUCCUCAACCCAGCCUAUUAUGGCAUGCCUGGCCACACCAACAUCAUGAUCCAUGAGGUGGGGCAUGUCCUGGGACUCUACCAUGUCUUCAAAGGGGUCAGUGAAAGAGAAUCCUGUGACGACCCCUGCAGGGAGACGGUGCCGUCCAUGGAUACAGGAGACCUCUGUGCCGACACUGCCCCCACUCCCAAGAGUAAGCUGUGCCAGGACCCAGAGCCUAUCAAUGACACCUGUGGCUUCACCCACUUCCCAGGGGCUCCAUUCAGCAACUACAUGAGUUAUACAGAUGACGACUGCACUGACAGCUUCACCCCUAACCAAGUGGCCCGAAUGCACUGCUAUUUGGACCUUGUAUAUCAACAAUGGAGUCAAAGCCGAAAGCCCACCCCCAUUCCCAUCCCACCCAUGGUCAUCGGGCAGACCCCCCUGUCCCUCACUAUCCACUGGCUGCCUCCAAUUAGUGGAGUUGUGUAUGACAGGGUCCCGGGCAGCGUGUGUGGUGCCUGCACUGAAGAAGGGACAUUCCGUCAGUACGUGCACACAGCUUCCUCCCGGCGCGUGUGUGACUCCUCGGGUUACUGGACCCCAGAGGAGGCUGUGGGGCCUCCAGACGUGGAUCAACCUUGUGAGCCAAGCUUGCAGGCCUGGAGUCCUGAGCUCCACCUGUACCACAUGAACAUGACGGUCCCCUGCCCUGCAGAAGGCUGUAGCCUGGAGCUGCUCUUCCAGCACCCAGUCCAAGCUGACACUCUUACCCUAUGGGUCACCUACCUCUCCAUGGACUCCUCCCAGGCGCUUUUUGACACAGAGAUCUUGCUGGAACACCAGGAGUCCGUGCACCUAGGCCCCUUAGACACUUUCUGUGACACCCCACUCACUAUCAAACUGCACGUUGACGGGAAAGUCUUGGGGGUGAAAGUCUACACCUUUGAUGAGCGGAUGGAGAUUGACGCAGCUCUCCUGACUUCUCAGCCCCACAGUCCCUUGUGUUCUGGCUGCAGGCCCGUGAGGUACCAGGUCCUCCGUGAACCCCCAUUUGCCAGUGGCUUGCCCAUGGUGGUGACACAUCCUCACAGGAAAUUCACAGACGUGGAGGUCACACCUGGGCAGAUGUAUCGGUACCAAGUUCAAGCUGCAGCUGGAACAGAACUGGGAGAAGCUUCACCUCCUCUGAGCCACAUCCAUGGAGCUCCUUACUGUGGAGAUGGGAAGGUUGCAAGGAGCCUGGGCGAAGAGUGUGAUGAUGGAGACCUUUUGAGUGGAGACGGCUGCUCAAGGGCAUGUGAACUAGAGGAAGGUUUCAACUGUGUAGGGGAGCCAAGCCUGUGCUAUAUAUAUGAGGGAGAUGGGAUAUGUGAACCUUUUGAGAAGGAAACCAGCAUCACAGACUGUGGCCUCUAUACUCCCAAAGGAUACCUGGAUCAGUGGGCUACCCAAGCUUAUUCUUCUCACCAAGAUAAGAAGAAGUGUCCUGUUUCCUUGGUAACUGGAGAACCUCCUUCCAUGAUUUGCACAUCAUACCGUCCAGAUUUACCAGAGCACCGUCCACUUACUGGCUGGUUUCCCUGUGUCACCAGUGGAAAUAGCCCUCAGGAUGAAGGGAGUAAGCAGCUAAAAGGUAGCCUGGAGAGAGAGGAUGAGGUUUGGCUCAAAGUUUGUUUCAAUAGACCAGGAGUGGCCACAGCAAUUUUCAUUUUCUUGACAUCUGAUGGCCUGGUGCCUGGGGAACAGCGGCCAACAGUGACCCUUUACCUGACCGAUAUCAGUGGAAACAACCACUCUCUUGGAAGCUAUGAACUGUCAUGCCAGCAUAACCCACUGGUUAUCAAUGUAACCCAUCACUCGAAUGUCCUCUUCCACCAUACCACCUCAGUGCUGCUGAAUUUCUCAUCCCCACUGGUGGGCAUCUCAGCAGUGGCUCUAAGGACAUCCUCCAUCAUAAGUCCUUCAGCUUCCAACAACUGCAUCCCAGAGCACGAGGGGCAAAAUCAUCAGGGACAGAGCUGUGUCCAUCAGCCCUGUGGGGAGCAGGGCAGCUGUGUGCCAUUGCUGCUUGAUCACGCGGAUGUGGUGAACUGUACCUCUGGUGGCCCAGGUCACAUGAAGUGCUCUAUCACCUGUCAAAGGGGGUUUGACCUUCAGGCCAGCAAUGGGCAGUACCUCAGGCCCAUGCAGAAGGAAAUUCUGCUCACAUGUUCCUCUGGGCACUGGGACCGGGCUGUGAGCUGCAUGCCCCUUGACUGUGGUGUCCCCGACCAGUCUUUGGUGAACUAUGCAAACUUCUCCUGCUCAGAGGGAACAAACUUUCUGAAACGCUGCUCCAUCUCCUGUGUCCCACCAGCCAAGCUUCAAGGACUGAGCCCGUGGCUGACCUGUCUUGAAGAUGGGCUCUGGUCUCUCCCUGAAGCCUACUGCAAGUUGGAGUGUGAUGUUCCCCCUGUUAUCCCGAACGCCAACUUGCUCCUGCCUCACUGCCUCCAGGGCAACCAUGAUGUGGGCUCCAUCUGCAGAUACAAAUGCAAACCGGGCUACUACGUGAUGGGAAGUGCGGAGAAUAAAGUCAGGAACAAGUUCCUGAAGAUCCAGUGCCUGGAAGAUGGAAUCUGGGAGCAAGGCAGCUGCGUCCCAGUGGUGUGUGAGCCCCCGUCUCCUGUCUUUGAAGGCAUGUAUGAAUGCACCAAUGGCUUUGAGCUCAACAGCCAGUGUGUGCUCAACUGUAACGAGGAAAGUAAAAGGCAUCCCAUCCUCUGCACGAAGGAGGGACUGUGGACCGAGGAGUUCAAGUUAUGUGAGAACCUGCAAGGGGAAUGCCCACCACCCACCUCGGAGCUGAAUUUCGUGGAGUACAAGUGUGAACAGGGAUACAGGAUUGGUGCAGUGUGUUCCCCGUCGUGUAUAAUCCCCCCUAGCGAUCCUGUAAUCCUUCCUGAGAACGUCACUGCUGACACUCUGGAGCACUGGAUGGAACCUGUCAAAGUCCAGAGCAUCGUGUGCACCGGGCGGCGUCAGUGGCACCCAGACCCCCUCCUGAUCCACUGCAUCCAGUCGUGUGAGCCUUUCCAAGCAGAUGGUUGGUGUGAUACCAUCAAUAACCGGGCCUACUGCCACUACGAUGGGGGAGACUGCUGCUCUUCCACGCUCUCCUCCAAGAAGGUCAUUCCAUUCGCUGCUGACUGUGAUCUGGAUGAAUGCACCUGCCGAGACCCCAAGGCGGAAGAAAACCUGUAACUGUGGGAUCAAGCCCCUCCUUCCACUGCCCUGGAGGCAGUAAGAAUCAGAGGCCUCCACAAAAGGAAACAAAAGAUGAAUGAAGAAGAAAGGUCAUGAAAUGAAGGAAGGAAGAAGAACACCAAGGAUCCUAUAAGAAAUGCAAGAGGACGUUUACAGGUGCCAACUAUUGCAUCAAGUAGCCCAAGUAAGGAAGAGUCACAGGCAAACAUUUCUUCAAAGAGGCAGUUGAUUUAAAGUGGAAAGAGAAAUAUGAUAUAUAUACAAGGACCCUCCUUCCCCAUUUAUAUUCUAUCAAAUCCCAUCCUCAACUCUUGCCCUGCUCCCUACUCUGCAUCCUGCCAACUAUUCAGCCCCACCCAACUUGUAAACCAGUACCAAAAUACUAGAAGAGAAGUUGCCAGGGACACUCUGCUCAUACCCAUUUUGAAUGGAUGGCCAUCUUUCAGGGCUCGUCUAAUCUAAACUGGCUCUCUCCCUUUCUUUGUGUAGUCUCCCUUAGUAAUAAUGAGGUUAGUUAUUAAUUCUUUAUAAGUAUUUAAACAUAAUGAUAUAAAUAUAUUAUAUAUAUUAUAUUUUUUGCUGUCUACUAAGCUAAAAAUUAUCCAUUGUUCCACACAUGCUGCUGUGAAGUUCACGUCCAAAAUGAAUGCUGAGGGUUUGAGGACCGAAAGACAAGUUCUUCUGCCAUCUUUCUAUUCCUAGGGAUUGGCAGGCUGAGAGGGAACUGGGGAAGGAAAGGGAGAGAUUAGAUGGAGUUUUUGAUAAUCACAUGUCAGCUAAUCAUCUUUUUAUGAACUGGGAGCUGAGCCCAGUUUGAGGAGAUGGGGGCUUGGAAUGAUAAUACUAAAAGGCAUGGAAAGGUGGGUGGGGUUAUCCAUUGGUGAUGGGUCCAGGAAAACUAGACUAUGGUUCUUGAGUAUCCAUCCAAAAAGAAUACAUUCUCUUCAGUUCUUGGAACUCUUCGUUGCAGUUGGUGAGGCCCAGGAUUUUCUGCACUUCCACAGGUGCCUGUUCCAAGUGUGGCUCUCAGCCAGUCACUCAGUCCACAAGUCUGUAUGUAGGCUCACGCUCCCAUCACCAGGAUUACAGGAACUCACACAUUCCUCAUACUUGGCCUGUGGUCUCCCUUCUCCUAAGUCUCCAAGCCUGGCCAUCAUUCACAGCCACAUGACCUAUUGUUGACUUUCUGGGGAAAAAAUGUCAUGGAAAUGACAUCGGGGAAAGGUGGAGGAAACUGAAGAACAGGCAGGUUUGGAGGAGGCCAUAGACAGGGGAGAAGUCAGGGUAAAUCAGAGCCCAGGGCUGGAGGAUGAAUUGAGUCAAGGAGACUCAGCCUCGUUCCGAGUCUCCACAGCAGACCAAAGGGGAUCUUUUGGACAAUGCAGACUCGGAGGUAAAUUCUAUUCAAGUGUGAUGUGUCAAAUGUGUCCCAGAGAGAGCACUUUGAGCAAGCUGUGAAAGUAACAUGGAGCAAGGGUGACACUCUGUGGGGAGAGAGAAGAAUUUCAGCUGCUUAGGGUCCAUUUUGUCGUUGUUACCCUUUCUUGUUCAAUAGAUGGACUGUAUGUGAAAUGACCGCGUUAACCUGCCUCUGUUUACGUCCUGGGCUGACUCAUUUUGCACGUGGUCUACUGCAGUUGUUCUUUAGUGACGAUUUAUGGAUUAGGCCUUGGGGAAAGAAAGUAAGGAGCUAGUUUCUUGUUCAACACCCCAGUUUAUCAUCUCAGGAAGGGAAGAACAGGCAAAAGUUCAAGGGCAGCCUUGGUCUCCCUGGAUCGCCUGCUCUGGCUCUGACCACAGUUUUCUAUUCUUCCCAUCAACCCUGAAAGCAGUGGCUGUGCAAAUAUCAAUAGAAAGAAGAAAUGCUUCCCCCACUAUCUUGAGCCAGACUUCACGUAGGAAAGAACAACAUAUUUAUCUGUGGGGAUCUGAAAUGAGGGUGGCAAGGUCACCGGGGAAGGGAAAGACCAGAGUCUGCCCAUCCAAAAUACUCUUGUUCUCUGUAUUUCCAGCCGUAAUGGAAACAAUAGCCUAGAUACCUACUGUUCCCUAUCUGGGUUCACAUUUAGUGCCCCCAAGAAGAGAAUAUUUAUUUCUGGGAUUCUAAUAGGCUUCAGUAUGGAAAGGACAGAAGAAGAGUUUAGAUUCUUCAUUUUAAAACAGUUGUAAGAUGGUUAUCCAAAUUUCCUGAAGCAUAUCAGACUCUGUGCAGGGGAAUCCUGCCAUGUCUGAGCUUGGGAGUUAUCCUGGGCUUCACCCAGCUCAGGAAGGCUACAUCCACCACCCCCCCCCCCGCCACCUCCUCCCACCCCAAGCCCCAGGAAUACGGAGCCUGUGGUUCAUGCCAGCAUGGAUCUGGGCUCAGUCUUCCCACAGGAGUUACAGUGAGAAUAUUUCUCUUUCGUACUUCAUUUUAAAAUAUUUCAUUCUCUGUUGGCAACAUCUGCACUCCAUCGCUGCCCUGGGAAGGUGAGAGGAGGGUUCUGGGGGGUGUGUGGAAAGCCUUUCAGGCUACAGGCUGCCCAGCCCAAGUCAGUCCUGGCCAUUCAUAGAUGGCAGGUUCUUCCAGCCUUUGUCCCUGGAGCCUAGUGCUUCGAGCUCCUCAGGUCACUAAAAAGUUGAAGCUCUAAGACACCACGGUCACAAAUCCCCAGUGGAUAUUAACUCACACUCACUGCAUGUGGUGGUCUGCAUUCUGCUGCUCUUCCCCAUACAUGGGGCCACAGAGGGCCUCUCCCAGAGGCUCUUCCAUUUGUUUCCUUGUUCCAAAAUCACUUCUCUGCUUCUUCUUUUUCCCAGUAACUAGGAGCGCUGGGGUCCAGGUUGCCUAGGGCUGGAUGACUCUGAUGAUUAGUGUGACAGUUUCCAACUAGAGAGAUGAGAGGGCAGAGUGGGGAGAAUGGUCAGCUGACAAACUUGUACAUGAAAGUAAAGAGCUAUUCUUGAUUCUCUCUUUUCCUUCCCCCCCAUUACAAGGCAUUGGAUUUGGCAUGUCCUCUCCUCUGUGAGAUCACUAUUGAGUGUGUCAGUUAGCAUCCCAAGGGGCUGGCUUGAUUGGGAACACAGUGAAAGGAGCUAUCUACUGUAUUGUAACGUAAAACAGCUACAGCCAGUUAUUUUGUAAGAUUAUAAAAUAGUCAUUAAAAAAUCA